AAUUGUUGGAAUAUCAAUAUUGAAUAUUGAUGGACUGCAGGACAGCUCAUGGCAUGCCGGUGGUCCAGCUCACACCGACAUAUAUGGCAUUCAUUACGAAAAGGAUCCGUUGCAAGGAAGAGUAGGUACUGCUUCUGAUUACGGGAAACAGCUUGUUAUGAUAGGAAGAGUCAAUUCAAAAGAUGAAAUAUUAUAUCAGACUGAGAGAUACCAUCACAGCACGUUUGGUUACGACAUUCCUGCCAGUAAAGACGGAGACUAUGUGCUUGUGCUAAAGUUUAGUGAAGUAUACUUUAACACACCUAAUAUGAAAGUAUUCGAUGUUGUUCUGAAUGGAGAUCAUACAAUAGUAGCAGAUUUAGAUAUUUUCAAUAAAGUUGGGCGUGGAGUAGCGCAUGAUGAAUAUGUACCAUAUUCUAUAAAAAAUGGCAAAUUAUAUUAUAAUGAUGAAGAGUCAGAUAUACGAGGAGGUAAAAUUAAGGUUGAAUUUAUUAAAGGUUAUAGAGACAACCCGAAGAUAAAUGCUUUGUAUGUCAUGAGGGGAACAAUUGAUGAAGUGCCCAAGUUACCUCCAAUAGUAUGGCCUGAGACUGAAACCGAGGAACCUAAGGAAGAAGUAGAAGAAAAAUCUACUAAAUCCCGUCGUGCCAGUGGUCCUAAGCACCCCGAUCCUUAUUCAAUGGAAGACAACUCUGUGUUAAUUCCUGUUUUUAUUACAAUUGGUGCUUUUAUUCCAUUAUUAUUUUGUCUCUGCAAACUAUAACCAAUAAUGACAUGUUGUGUUGUUAAUAUAUGUUUUAUAUGCUGUAAAUUAAUGUUUAUGUAAUUCACUGCUUUUUUAUUUGUUAAUUUAAAGGUUAAAUAAUGUUUCCUAAACUAUUAAAGCUCAAGCCAAAUAGUACAAAUCAUAAAUAACUAGUGCCCGUCCCACAUAAGAUAAACUUCUUAAUAAACACUUUUAUAAGCACAAUUCAUUGCACUUGCACAUAAUUAUUAAAAAUUUAUUUAAUUUUUUUA